UACAGAUGGCGUCAUGGAGGGAGACCCGGAGCGCAAAGGCGCAGAGUGAUGACGCGACGUGUGAGGAAGCCGCUGGGGUAUGUAUCGAGCAGUGCGGAAUCGGAGGAGGAACCUGCGGCAGACGUAAACCCAACACAGCAGCCUUUUUUAGGUGGAGAGCAGCCCCAAGAAGCAGGGGCCACAGCAAACACCGUAGAGGGGGCCGUAAACACAAGCGUAACAAGAGGUCGGGGCAGACCUCUACGCCAGGGGAGCAGAGCGCAGCCGAACAGGCGGUUAUAAACCUGUCAGAACACCAGUUAACGCCAUCGGAGGUAAGCAUACUCUCCAAGGGGUUGUCCUAUGUUCCCUCCACUGUACCUCAGGAUUUUAAUAUCAUUGUGGAUAACUACAGAUUUACGCGAACAUUGAGACUGAAGGAGCACUUUAAGGGUGACAGGGGGAGUAUGGCAGAAAGCAAUAUGAAUGCACCCCAAUUUAGAGCCAAAAGUGACUUCGAUCCGAUUACAAAUAAUACGUCUUUACGAACAUUUUCACGUAUGCUAGAUGCAGCGGUACCAGAUUUUUUACAACAACCAUACCACAGGGGGAAUUGCACUAAAGAGGAGCGCACGGCCCUGAGGGGGUUACGUGAGAAUUCCAGUAUAAUCGUUAAGCCCGCUGAUAAGGGAGGGGCAGUAGUGGUCCUCGAUUAUAAGUAUUAUAAAACAGAAUUAUUGGGACAAUUAUCUGAUGCAAGCUGUUACUGCAAACUGAGUUAUGACCCUACUUUCAAAUUUCAGAACCAACUUAAGAUUCUAUUGGAGGAAGCAUGCACCCAUGGAUGGAUAUCGGAGACCUUGUAUAAUGGACUAUUUGUCGAGCAUCCGCAAUGGCCUAUUGUUCAAUCUGAUACAGAACUUACGGGCAUUAAUCGUAAACGAAUUCGCUUUGGACACAGGAGGCACAGGAACAUAAAAGAACUUCUGUCACCAGCGGAUCCGAUUACAAUGGUAAAAAGUAGCUAUAGCCUUUCUAAUAGCUUGGACCGGGUAUCUACCCUGGAGAAAGCCCAUCUGGUUAGAGUUACAGGUGCGUCUAGAAUUUCCCUAUCUUGAACUGUAAGCUUAUUCAAGUGAGCUUCUUGAAGAUAUCUGAGACCAACCUCUGGGGAAUCAGUUAUCCUGUUUUAAGCUGUCAGCUAUCAAUUUACAGUUUCUAUCAAGUAUAAAUAUUGUUAAGAUAUGUAUUAAUGUGUGUGCUCUCCUACAGAUCCCAUACUGAUCUGAUACUGAUACAGUGA